UCUGUUUCAUACACCUCGUGCCCGCUUACGUGUUACCACGUGUGUAACUUUGUGGGUGUUUUUACUGUAGGGCAGACAAUAUGGGCAACUCAUUAGUGACCACAAACGCCCACAAUGGUAGCAGCAUCGAGCCUCGAACCCGUAUUUAACGGAAAACACUAGAAGGAAUUUAGUCGAGGGAGUAAAGUGGGAAGGAUGUAACAGCGUCGUAGUUAUUCUAGAAUGCUCCGUGAGAAUUUUUCCAUUAUGACGCACUUCCAGUUUCUGUCGCGUCGUUACCACGGUUACUUCUGACGUCAUAAUAGCGGCUCGCGAUCUUUCGGUUCUAGAAUACCUGAGAAACAUUACAGAAUUAACUUCGCGUUUGUCGCGUAAUGAAACAACGAGCUGUUAUGACGUCAUAAAGCAAUGCCGGUGAACAACAGGAAGUAGUUUCGAGGUGACGUCUCGAAAACGUCGAAAAUUCUUGGAUAAUUUGAAUGAGAAACAAACUUUCUCACAAGUUUCGAGACGAUACCUUGGAAUAUUGGGUUCAGUUAUUCUUGGUUCAUCAGCUGCAUGCAUUGUUUCUUCAUUGUUUCGUGACAAUGAGGUUUAUAGAGCUUGGCAGGCGAGUAAAGGAGCCGACAGCCGCAUAGGACUUAUUUGUUGACAUCCCACAGGCAGAUAUUUGUGUAAAAUGUUUUGUAAAAUUUUUCUGAUAAUUUUUGUCCAAGUUUUGAACUCCCAAGGUCGAUUACUGUUAAUCAAUUUCACCCCAAUAUCCGGCAACACUCGUUCAACGUACAUGCUCUGUACCGACCUCAUGCGGAACUCCACACGCUCACAACUCGGCCUCAGGAGGGCGUUUCCGUGGAGAUCGAAAACCAGUAUCAGGGCACUGCAACGGCCAGCAUUUAACAGGCAGGGAAUGUUAUAUAGUUGGCAUUAUAACCCAUUGGUGGCAACGGGGGAGUUUAUUUGUGGGAGGAAUUUGGAGGAAGUACGAGCUUUUAAAAUGAGCGAAAAAGGUCUACUGCGACCGGAAGCCGCCACUAAAACAGCGCCCCUUGGUGGCAAUGUCGUGAUACGAAUGUUGCCCGUGACGUCAUCUAAUGACGUCACCACCGCAUCUACCCCGAGAAAGACCACGUGGUUAAAAGACGGCCGCCCAUUGGACGAGAACGACCCUAGGAUUUGGACGGCGGAAAACGGGGGUAGAGCCCUCGUCAUCAAAAACGUUACAAAACACGACGCAGGCAUCUACAUGGCCCGAUUAUCUGGACAACCUUAUUAUUAUUCGGCCGCUACACGACUAUACGUGAGGGAUUGUCCGUUAAACACGUGGUCUUUGAACUGUUCCCGCCCAUGCAUUGUGUGCAAUAAUGGUGGGGUGUGUAGCGCCUCCAGUGGCGAAUGUGAUUGCCCAAUCGGAUUCUACGGUCGUCAUUGUGAACGAGCUUGCCCGUUGAAUCGCUUCGGUGUCAAUUGUACGUUAAGUUGUGAUGACGUCACUAAUGACGUCACAUGCCGUGGAGUCCAGAUGUGCCUGACCACUGGAUGUCACUGUGCUACAGGGUGGAGGGGAGCUAAUUGUGAUGAAGUUUGUCCACCAAACACAUACGGACCAGAUUGUCAACAAAGAUGUUUAUGCCGUAACAAUGGUACUUGUGACGCACAAAGAGGUUGCGUUUGCAUGCGUGGUUGGUUUGGACCGUCAUGCAAGUCACGCGUGAAGAUCAAUAGUGAUGUCAUAAUCAACCAAAUGAACAAUGGUAGCACCUUGCCAACAGAGAGAGCUCCAAACAUUUCAUCGGUUCGAGCUAUCCCAUCUUUCCAGAUCAAUCGCAACCAAGAGGUUCGGGUCGAAUGUUCGGUGACGGGGAUUCCCCUCCCUGAACAAGGGGAAAUAAUAUUAAUGGGUGAAAAUGACGUUGAAAUUUACCCGGUCCGUAACUCGAUGACAUCAUCGCAUACGACAUCAUCAUUUGACAUCAUCAUGACAUCAUACAUCGGACCGUAUCGAUGCCAAGCAACUACCAGCGCAGGAAAAGCAACGAAAGAUUUCAAUUUUACAAUUUCUGAACUCCCCACCCCCCUACACCCCCCUUACUUCAUCACGAGGUCACCAACACGCCUUGUGAUUGGUUUGAACAGUCGUAACUACACCGGGGAUGGACCAAUCACAGCACGGGAAGUUUGGUACAAACAAAAAAGUGAACGGUUUUUCAAAAUUUCGAAAAGACAGUUAACAGGCAACGAUACAGUGACCAUCACCGAGUUGAAACCGGCCACCAAGUACAACGUGCGUGUAGUGUUAAGUAGGGAAGGCGGGGUAUCGGGGCAAGGGGUGCCGGGACCAGUGGCCACUAUGGAGACAGAUUGUGAUAAACCCUCAUUACCCCCAAAAAUUACGAGUAUCUACGCCAUCGGGAACACCACUCUGUUUCUACGAUGGGAAAUCCCCCCAACCGAUAAACUAAACGGAGAUAUUCUUGGGCACAGGAUAUUUCAUCGCGAGCUGGGCACUUGGAGCACCAGUAACUGGCGAAUGUUGCAACAGAGUUACCAACAAACGAACACCAAGAACCAGUACAGGAACACGGCCACAGUGAAACAACUGAAACCACUCGCCGUGUAUUUAGUUCGGAUGAAGUUGUAUAAUUGUGCGGGGGAUUCCCCUAUAUCAAAACCUGUUCGUGUUACUAUGGGAGAAUUGGAUACACCGAUCGGUCCUGAUGUCACAAUGACCAACCGAACGUCAUCAUCGUUAAGUUACGCUUGGUUGACUCCAUCCAACACCCAACAAUACACCAUUGUUUCGUACGAGAUAAUGUUCGAAGAGGUUGGAGACGAUUCCCCAAACUCAUUCAAGUAUGACGGCAACACGACAUCGCAAACGUCAUCAUGGACUUUCCAUGAUUUGGUUCCGUUCACGUCAUAUUCCUUCAAAGUUCGAGCGUAUACUCACGAGGGUCCGGGGUCGUAUAGUGAUGUCAUAAUCAACCAAACAAUGGAGGAUGCACCGAGCGAACCCUUGAACCUACAAGCUGACGUCAUUACAUCCGAUGAGAUCCAUCUACGAUGGGAAACCCCCCUUCACCCAAAUGGGGUCCUAAGGGGUUACGAGGCCGAGGUGUUGAAAGGGGCGGGGCCUUGGAUGUCAAUCAUUGAUGAGUUAACCAAUCAGACAAAUCUGCUUGUGAAGAAUUUAGAUGAAUACACAUCGUACAGCUUCCGUGUUCGAACAAUGACAAUAACAAUGGGUCCCUGGUGUGAUGUCAUAAACGUUAUGACAAUGAGCACUGUUCCGUUACAAUCUCCCCAAAUCAUCUCCGUAAAAGUGACGUCACCACAAUCGGUCAUCGUAACAUGGCUCCCAAUACCCCCCUCACCCUACGUAACAGAAGUCACACAAUACGAAGUCAUAUAUACUGAUGAUAUUCGGCAGAAUGAUAAACAUUGGAGGUCAAAGGUGGUUCCCGGUGACGUACUGACGAUGGUGGUUGAGGAAUUGAAACCAGACACCGUGUAUUUCUUUAAGGUGGCGGCUAAGACACAAAAUAUUGGAAGCUUCUCCAUACAAAGUACUGUACGUACCGCUAGUUUGGGCCUUCCACCACCACCGUAUGGCGCUACGGUGUCAAACGUGACGUCAUCGUCGGCCGUUAUACAUUGGUCCACAAGGGGGGGAUACAGAGUCACCAUUGUUAAACUUGUUUAUUAUCAAAAGGGGGGAAGUCCCAUACGUCUUCUAGAAAACCAGGAAAAAAGAAAGAAAUCCCUGACCUCAUUACAGCCCAAUACAUUAUACACAGUUGAACUAAUAGCCAAGAAUUACGUUGGUGAUAGUUCGGGCAACCCUCUUCUAACUUUCCAUACAAAGGCAGGAAAAGAUGGUACCUCCAUAUAUGAAGACACCAACCUCAACCUUCCCUUCCACCGAACCAUGAUGUUCAAGAUAGGGAUGGGAAUAUUGGGAGGAUUGCUCAUUGUUAUCGUCAUUGGGUUCAUUGUUGCGUAUUACAGAUGUCGUAGUGUGACUCGUAAACGAAUGAACCCACCAGCGCCUCGUGUGGAGAUGGAUUGUCUUACCGCCACCACACGAGCAUCGACCUUUGGAUCCACGUCACAAGGUGGCGGUAUACACUCACGUUCAGCUACGUUGAUGUCCAGCUACUCGCUACGAUCGGGGAAUUCGAGAGCACCGUCAACCUAUUCAGGCCAGAUAUUCCCUGAAUCGUUGUCAAUACCAUGGGAGAACAUAUUAUUUGAAGACAUUCCUCUAGGGGUUGGUAACUUUGGCCAGGUGGUGAAGGCUGUGGUGCAGAAGGAUGACAAGCUUAUACAGACAGCUGUGAAGAUGCUAAAAGAUGGUUGUACAUUGGAAGACAAGCGCGACUUCCUCGCCGAAGUUGACACGAUGAUGCGAAUCGGUAACCAUCGUCACGUGGUGGCGCUAGUGGGCGCAUGCGAGCAUGACCACGUGAUGUACCUCUGCACCGAGUUCGCCCCCCUCGGAUCCUUGCUACAGUUCCUACGUAGAAGCAGGAGGUUGGAGGGGUCAAAUGGAACGUACACAUCAUUGUCCCAAUCCCAGCUGUUAAAGUUCGCUCAUGACGUCACACAAGGGAUGACGUACUUGAGUGAGAAACAGAUAAUCCACCGUGAUUUGGCGGCCAGGAACAUUUUACUUGGUGAUGGAUACGUUUGUAAGAUAGCUGACUUCGGUUUAUCCAGGGGGGAAGGGGUGUACGUGAAGAAGACGGUAUCAAGGUUGCCUAUACGAUGGAUGGCUAUCGAGAGUUUGAACUAUAAUGUAUAUACAUCCAAGAGUGACGUUUGGUCGUUCGGUGUUCUUCUGUGGGAGAUAGUGAGCCUUGGGGGAACCCCCUAUUGUGGGAUGUCUUGCGCUGAGCUUUACGAGAAACUCCCCACUGGGUACCGAAUGGAAAAACCACUCAACUGUGACGACGAAGUAUACGGGUUGAUGUACCAAUGUUGGAAGAACAGACCCUACGACCGUCCCACCUUCUCACAGCUCUCUAUCGCCCUCGAACGGAUGUGCGACGCGAGGAGUAGCAGGAACUACGUAAACACCGCGAUCUUCGACGAUUUUAAAUUCGCGAACAUUGACGUGAAUGAAGAGGAGGCGUGACGUCACUAUUAAUGAUGUCACCACGAUUGAUAUGACGGAGUCGUUACGUCACUGUGGAAGGGGAUUUUGUUUAAAGGCGUCAUCAGUUGGGCACAUCUGAGGCCUGGGGUUUAGGUCUAUUACCCCAACACCCAGGGUACUACCAUCUAGACCCCACUGAGGCAGUUUAUAGACACUCUGGAAUAGAGAUUCUAUUAUAUAAGGGUGAGGUCUUCAGUAAGGCACACCUGAGACCUGAAAUGUAUUUUGUAAAUCUAUUCUUGGAAUUGUGUUUAUUAUUUGCGCCAUUUUUAUCGUCGCCAAACAAGAAUUUAAAAUAUAUCGACUACGCGCUCGA